CCCAGGGCUCAUGGUGACCGCCGGCCUUAUCCACUACAUCCUCAACCUGCUUCACGUCACGGUGCACAUCCGGGAUGUGUGUGUGUUCCUGGCGCCCGUGUUCAGCGGCCUGACGGCCAUCUCCACCUACCUGCUGACGCGGGAGCUGUGGAACCAGGGCGCAGGGCUGCUGGCAGCCUGCUUCAUCGCCAUCGUCCCGGGCUACAUCUCCCGCUCUGUGGCGGGCUCCUUCGACAACGAAGGCAUCGCCAUCUUUGCGCUGCAGUUCACCUACUACCUUUGGGUGAAAUCUGUGAAGACCGGCUCAGUGUUCUGGACCAUUGGCUGUUGUCUUUCCUACUUCUACAUGGUGUCAGCUUGGGGAGGCUACGUGUUUAUUAUCAACCUGAUUCCUCUGCAUGUGUUCGCACUGCUGCUGAUGCAGCGCUACAGCAGAAGAGUCUACAUCGCAUACAGCACCUUUUACAUCGUGGGGCUCAUACUGUCAAUGCAGGUCCCUUUUGUCGGCUUCCAGCCAAUCAGGACCAGCGAACACAUGGCUGCUGCAGGUGUGUUUGCUCUUCUGCAAGCCUACGCCUUCCUGCAGUACCUGAAGGACAGACUCACCCGGCAGGAGUUUCAGACGCUCUUCUUCCUCGGGAUCUCUCUCGCCGCCUGCAUCGUCUUCCUCACAGUCAUCUAUCUCACCUACACAGGAUACAUCGCUCCAUGGAGCGGCCGCUUCUACUCGCUCUGGGACACCGGUUACGCCAAGAUCCACAUCCCCAUCAUUGCAUCGGUGUCGGAGCACCAGCCGACCACGUGGGUGUCCUUCUUCUUUGAUCUCCACAUCCUGGUCUGCACCUUCCCAGCAGGCCUUUGGUUUUGCAUCAAGAACAUCAAUGAUGAACGCGUGUUUGUGGCCCUGUACGCCAUCAGUGCCGUGUACUUUGCCGGAGUGAUGGUGAGGCUCAUGCUGACCUUGACGCCGGUGGUGUGCAUGCUGUCUGCUGUGGCGUUCUCCAGCGUCUUUGAGCAUUACAUGGGAGACGACACCAAGAGGGAGAAGCCGCCUGCUGAAGAUAGCAGCGACGAGGACGACAAGAGGAACUCUGGGAACCUUUACGACAAGGCGGGCAAGGUGCGCAAGCACGUGUCGGAGCAGGAGAAGGCAGAGGAGGGUCUGGGCCCCAACAUCAAGUCCAUCGUCACCAUGCUCAUGCUGAUGCUGCUCAUGAUGUUCGCCGUCCACUGCACCUGGGUGACCAGCAACGCCUACUCCAGUCCCAGCGUGGUGCUGGCGUCAUACAACCAUGACGGGACUCGUAAUAUCCUGGACGACUUCCGAGAGGCUUAUUAUUGGCUGAGGCAGAACACGGAUGAGCACGCGCGCGUGAUGUCGUGGUGGGACUACGGAUACCAGAUAGCCGGCAUGGCCAACAGAACCACGCUGGUUGAUAACAACACAUGGAACAACAGUCACAUAGCUCUGGUGGGGAAGGCCAUGUCGUCCAACGAGAGCGCUGCCUACGAGAUUAUGAGGUCGCUGGAUGUGGAUUACGUGCUGAUCAUCUUCGGAGGAGUAAUCGGCUACUCCGGCGACGACAUAAACAAGUUCCUGUGGAUGGUGAGGAUCGCUGAAGGGGAGCACCCCAAAGACAUCAGGGAGAGCGACUACUUCACUCCGCAGGGGGAGUUCAGAGUGGACAAGGCCGGUUCGCCGACUCUGCUCAACUGCCUCAUGUACAAGAUGUCGUACUAUCGAUUUGGUGAGAUGCAGCUGGAUUUCAGAACGCCGCCUGGCUUCGACCGGACGCGCAACGCCGAGAUCGGCAACAAGGACAUCAAGUUCAAGCACCUGGAGGAGGCGUUCACCUCCGAGCACUGGCUCGUCAGGAUCUACAAGGUGAAGAGGCUGGAGAACAGGGAGGCGCUGGACCACAAGCUCCGCAGCGUGGUGUCCAGGCAGAAGUACACCUCUAAGAAGACUGCCAAGAGGAAGCGAGGACACAUCAAGAACAAACUCGUCCUGAAGAAGGGCAAGAAACUCCCCAAAAAAUAAAGACGACUCUGAACUCACGCGAACGUAAAGAAACCUCCAACAACCAAUGAAGAAGAACACAAGGGCGGCUGUGUGCCUGGCGGUUGGUCAGGAGCGCUUCUCGUGAGAGCGCCCUCAUUUAUCGAGGAAGCGUCACAUCCGGCCUGUCCAGAAUCGUCGUUCGUUUUAUCCUGAGGACGUCUGUCUUGCUUUUUUUUUUGUUGUUUUUCUACUUUUUACUUGAAUGUGGCGAGGCAUAGGGCUGCUCUAAUUGAUUAAACGUUGAUUCAUUUUUAUUUUUUUUGUGCGUGCGCGCGUGUGUGUGUUGGGGGAUUGUUAAUGACCUGAUUAUCAGUCAGGAGAUCUGGUGAUCCGUGGAAUGAGGAACGUUUGCACCAAAGACCCAUCGACCUCGCUCCGUAGCACAUGGGAACUCAUUGCUAAGAGCGAGGGAACGCCGGAGGGAGAGCAGAGGACUCUGUUCCUGACGCGUGUACAGAGGACAGUAUGCGGUAUGGAGGAACGUCACCGUCUACACGCAGCACAUCUGUAAUAUUAACCUUUUUACCAUCCUCAUCUCCUUAACGUCUGCCUGGCUCUCUGACUUUUGGUUUCCAACAAAUUCUAUAAGAAAUUGGCCUAAUGUGUAAAUAUGUUCUGUAAAGACAAAAAAAAAAAAAAAUCUCUAAAAUGAUGGUAA